UCCUCGGGAACCUCUUAGAGGUGUUCCGAAAGCCAUUGUCUGAUAUUGAAGAGCAACGGUUCAGAGACUAUGGACGAGUGCACGGUUUCUACGACUUCAAUGAACCGGUACUUACUGUCGGGGAACCGGAGCUAAUCAAACAGAUUCUGGUGAAAGACUUCCAGUCGUUCCACAAUCGCCGCCAACUGAGGGUCAGCUCCAAGUACU